AUGGAAACCAUACAACAGGAGAGGUUUGAUGAGUUUGGUUACACCUACGUUGCUCCGAGGGAGUACUGCAAGGAGCUGAAGUUGUCACUCAACAACACAGAGUUUCUCCUCGACUUCAGUCAGUACAUUGACAACAGCACUCCAGAUGCAUAUGUCCUGGUGAAUCGACUAAUACUGGAUGCAGGUCUCACAGCUGAACUGGUUAAACUUUGGAACGAGCAGACAGUGGAAGGAAUAGUGGCCAGAUUUGUAGCCACGGAUGGAGGAAUAACAAGAGUCUACCCGAGAAGUGCUGAGGAAGAGUGGACUGAGAAUCCUGAGACAUAUGAGUCCAGCUUCUACAAAAGGACCCUGGACAAUAAAAUCUACAUUUUCACGGCGCCAUCUUUCAACUCAGAGGGCAGGGAGUCGGUCACUGAGUCAGGAAUUCUAGUCAGCAAAGCAGUGGAACUCACAAUCGAUGAAGUCACGAUCAAACCAGCUGUAGUGGGAGUGAAACUCAACGUCUCCUUCUGGAUGAGCAUUUUUAUGAACGCUACACUGAAGCUGAAUUGUAAAGAUGAGAUUUGUGGCUGUCUGAGGAAUGACAAGCAUGUAGACUGUGUCAUCUUGGAUGAUGGGGGAUUUCUUCUCAUGUCAAACCACGAUGAGUACAUCACACUGAUAGGUCAGUUCUUUGGCGAGGUGGACCCUGUACUGAUGAUCAACCUUGUGAACACCUCCUUGUACUCGUUCAACAAGACCUACGACUACCAGUCCAUCUGUGACCCGGAGAAAGACGGCAAGGCUGCAACAGGACCCCGCUCCGUCUAUGUGCCCACCAUUGCCGACAUGCUCAGUAUUGGCUGGUGGGCCUCCAGUGCUGCCUGGUCUCUGCUCCAGCAGCUCUUCUUUGGUCUCAUGUUCCCCAACCUUCUGGAGGCAGCGGAGUUAGCGGAAGAUGACAUACCAGAUGCCAUGUUUAAGGAAAGCUGCAUCACAGAGCAGACACAGUACUUCUUUGACAAUAAUGAAACAUCCUACUCAGGCGUCCUCGACUGUGGAAACUGUUCCAGGAUGUAUCGUGCUGAGAAGCUGCCAAAGACCAACCUAGUAUUCCUGAUCACCGAUGCCAAGGCAACGUGUCUGUCAUGUGACCCCAGGCCGCUGCGCCAGGCGGAACAACCCUCUGAAGGUCCAGAUCCAUGUGAGCUUGCUCAAAAUCCCAGAUACCGCAAAGGGCCGGAUGUGUGCUUCGACAACAAUGAAGAUGAAGAUGAUUCUGACUGCGGCGGAGGGACCAGCCUAAGCCUGUGUCUUUGGCCGAUGCUUGGACUCCAACUACUGCUGUGGGUCAUCACAGCUUCACAAACCUCAUGACCCCUAUACACACACACGCGGGCGCGCACACACACACACACACACACACACACACACACACUGAUCAUCUCAUCCCAUAAGAGGCCAGAACACUCCAGCUAUGCCAUCCAGGAUGUACAUGACAUUCUUCUUCACUGACAGCGUUGAUUUGUGAAAUUGUCGAUAUUGUUUUUUGCUUAGUAUACGUAUGAAUCAUAAUGCUGCGAUUAAUUAUUAUUUUAUCAACCAGUGCAACUACAAAGAGUAUUUCUUUGGUUGAAGUGUUUUUUAAAUGUACUGUACUGUAUUUAUCUAAUUAUUUUGUACUAAUGUUUUAGGACUAGUGCCCCGUUGUACUGUAGCAGUUGUAUUCAGUACAGAGCUAAAGAAGACACCAGGACUCUGACACCAAAGCUCCACACAGAACCAAGGACCCGCGAAUACACACUCCAGUUCAAGCUACAAUGUUGGCUGUUUUAAAUAGAUUGACAUAGUAAAACGUUUGCCGAAACGUAAGUGGGAUAAUGUGGAUUAAUAUUGUUGUGUCUGUACUCGGUCCGACAGCUUUGGUUGUCUUCAAUCUGAUGCAUCAGAUCCCUAGUGCCUGCACAGUAGCUCAAACAGUCGGAUAACUGAAUCACAACAGUUUUAUUGUUACCGUGUAAGCUUCUUUGAUACGGUUUGCUUCAGUGUAACAAAGAAGGUAGCCUUUGCAGUAAUACGUUAUGAGAUGAGGGCCAAAUCUACUGCAAUUGUUUAAAUUUAAUUUAAAUGUGGCCCGGCAGCAGUAGGAACAACCAGUAUUUGGGAUUAUGGGAGAAUAGUGUUUCUCUCCGUGGUCGAAACAAACCUAAACCAAACUUGAGCUUUGUAUUCCAAAACAACACUCUAUUGGUCCUGUUUCUGUUUCUGGAUCACCAGUCUCAGGAUCCAGGACGACUUGUGAACGAGAUCAUCAUAUCGAAAUUACUAUUUCAUUGUUAUCAUCUCCUUGCUGUUCUCCUUAUGCUCGUUUCUUCUUCGUUUUGCUCUAUAAGUGCUGUGAAGCAGACGUUGAAGGCUCAGGGUCGUAAAGCUGUCAUGGGAUGAGCUUGUUCUGUGUUUGAGCGCUACGAUCAGCAUCAGGGCCUGUUGGAGAGAACUUUGAGAUUACACUACUAGAGGUGGUAAUUUCACAUUGCCUUACAUCACCAUAACAAGACAUAAAGGUCACACUGUAGUGUUUGUUUUUUCUUCUUUAGCUAUUUAAACAAAGUUGAGUCCUCUCCACCUCGCCUUCAUGAUGACCUGGUUGAAUAUUCAGGUUAUGCCUGUCUAUCAAAGUUGCGUAUUGACUUGUGUUUUAACCUGGGGGUCCUGUGUCAAUGUGCAGGCAUGUGCGUGUACCUCCGAUCUGAUUGUGCUUUAUUAUUGCACAUAAAUUACUCUUUUGUGGAACUUGAUUAGCCUGAAUACUUUUUGUAAAAAUUUGUACACUGAUACUAUUUACUGUAUAAAAGAGAAAAUGAAGGAAAAGAAAAGUUGUUUAUAAUAUGGUGUUGAUUAUUGUGCAAAUAUAUAUUCACAAUAAAAGUGUUGUAUUGUUAGGA